UUGCAAGAUGAAGGACUUAGAGAUGAAUGGUGAAACAGCCCAUUUCUGCACAGACAACCAAUGUGUUUCCUUGCAUCCUCGAGGACUGAACUCCACAUCAGCGGCAUUGAUAGCCCCCAGGAUGUCAAGAAUUGUUCAGAUUGCCUUGGUGUGCAUGGCUGGGAUUGUGAUCUCCUGUUUGGUGGCUCUCUUUGUAGUGGAUCACCAUUCCAUUGACAGGGUGGCAGAGGUGGAAACUGCUAUCCAGAUAUUCAAAGACCACAUGGUAAAUUCCAGUUCCUGGCACAUGGAGAUCCAGAUGUUGAAGUGCAGAGUGGAGAAUGCCAGUGCUCAAAUCCAAGUCCUGGAGGGUCAUCUGGGAAAUGCCUCUGCUGCCGUCCCGAUGUCAAAAGGUGCUCUGAAGGAUGCCAGUGUCUGGAGUUUUCAGACACAGGUGCUAAGACGUUCCUUGGAGGAGACGGGUGGGGAGAUCCAGAGGCUGAAAGGAGAUCUGGAAAAGGCAAAUUUUUCAACUUCCCAGAUGCAGAAUUUCUUAAAAAACAGCUCAGAGAACACCAGCACUGUGCUCCAGGUGUUAAGCAGAGACUUGAAGAGUGCCAAUGCUGAGAUUCACACAUUGAAGGCAGGAUUGGAAAUGGCAAAUGACCAGGCCCAGUGGGCAAAUAGUAGUUUAGAAACUGCAAAUGCUGAAAUCCAUGCUUUGAAAGGUCAUCUAGAUAGUAUCAAUGAAUUAAGGACCCAGGACCAGGUUAUAAGAAGUAGUUUGGAAGAAGCUCAGACUGAGAUUCAGAGCUUAAAGGGAAGUCUGCAAAAAGCAAAUGCUCUAAACAACCAGACCCAGACCCUUCUUCAAGUCAGGUUAGACAGCACCAGAGCUGAGACCCAGGCACUGAAAGGUCGUUUAGAAAAGAUUGGUCCUGAAAUGAACUUGUUAAAAACAGAAUUGGCAACUGUUACUGCCCAGAUGCAAGUAGCUAACAGCCGCCUGGAGAAGGCAGAUGCUCAGGUUCAAGGUAUAAAAGCAAAGCUAGAAAACACCAAUACCUUAAACUCCCGGAUUCAGGUACUAAAUAGUGAGCUGAGAAAUGCCAACAGAGAGAUACAGACCAUACAAACAAGAAAAGAGGAUGUUGAAGCCUUAAAUUCCCAGGCCCAGAUGUUAGAGAGAAAUCUACAGAAUACCAAUGCUGAUAUGCAGAGGUUAAAGGAGGAUUUGAAGAAUAUCCAGGCUCUCAUUACCAAGAUCCAGGAGGAACAGAGUCACCCGGGAAACCUCCCUGUGACUGAUGCUCUGCAGGAGCAGCUGAGGAAGCAAAAUCAACUUCUCCAGUUGGCCUUGGAAGGCUGGAAGGCCCACAAGGGAAACUUGUAUUAUUUUUCUCAAGUGAAGAAGUCUUGGCACGAGGCUGAGAAGUUCUGUGUGUCCCAGGGAGCUCACUUGGCAUCAGUGACCUCUCAGGAGGAGCAGGACUUCAUGGUAUAUUUCACAAGUUCUGCACACCACUGGAUCGGCCUCACUGACAAGGACACCGAGGGCUCCUGGUACUGGGUGGAUGGGACACCAUUCAACAGCACAGAAAGCAGGGAGUUUUGGGAAACAAAUCAGCCAGACAACUGGCUACACAAGAACGGGGAGAGGGAAGACUGCGUGCAAAUUCAGAAGAAAUGGAAUGACAUAUACUGCAGCGCCUCCUAUCCCUGGGUCUGCAAGAAGCCCAGGGACUUCGUUGUGGCUUGAGGCUGCCCAGAACUGAGGGGUCACUCCUGCCUGCAAUGUUGGACUCCGCUCCACUCCACUUCUAAAGGCCUUUGCGCCCAACCUGUUCUCUAGGGCUUGUCAUUGGCCUUUUGUUAUUUCUUGCCUUGUCUUUUUAUUGAACAAUUUUGAACAUGUUUGUGCUACGUAACCCCGUGGGAUCAAUGACUCUUCAGAGCAGAACCCUUGCCUUGCCUCAGCUGCCAGGCCUGGGAGA